ACCAUCACUAUGUCAGACUUGAUCCCCUUGAGAGACCGAGGCUUCUACCAGGGCUUGGCGAAUGUAUUCUUUGGAUUAGGCUCUGCUUCCGGAGGUAUCAUCGGUGGAUUGGUAGCUGACCAUUUGGGCUGGAAAUAUGUUUUCAUCUUACAAGUGCCUUUGGCUGUGAUAGUAGGUCUUGCGCUCUACUGGAACCUCAACUUACCCCCUGGCUCUCCCGGUUUGGGAGCACACGGUGAGGAUAUCAAACAGAAGUUAAAGAGAGUCGACUUCUUGGGCUCAUUCUUUUUGGUCAGCUCCCUUAUGUGUGUGUUGAUAGCGGCUUCCUUAGGAGGUAAAGAGAUUUCCUAUUCGUCCAAGUCGUUUAUCGGUUUGUGCACAGCUUCGGCUCUCUUGUUGGGUGGCUUUAUAUAUACCGAAGCUUAUAUUUCUGCUGAGCCUAUCAUCCCUAUUGAGUUGUUAGGAAACAGAACUGUGUUAUCAUCUUCUUUGGCAAACUGGUUCUACACAAUGGGAGUGUUUUCCUACCUCUUCUACGUUCCAGUCUACUAUACUUCGGUUAUGGACUUGACAGCUACGCAAAACGGGCUGAGAUUGAUCCCAAAUUUCUUUGGUGUAUCCCUUGGUUCUAUUGGAGCUGGUAUCUACAUGAAGAGAACUGGACGUUACUACAAGUUGACUGUUCUCGUUGGUAUAAUAUCGAUCUACGGUGUUCUCAAGAUUUUCUUCAUCAAUCCAAACAUCUCCUUAUUUGAACAGUUUACAUUGUUGUUGCCUUCUGGCUUGGGAUACUCGUGUGUUUUGACAGUGACACUUUUGUCGUUGAUUGCAGCUGUGCCUUCGAAGUACCAGGCAUGUACUACUUCCAUCCAGUACACUUUCAGAUCGACUGGUUCGACUUUGGGAGUAGCUGUUGCCUCUGCUUUGUUCCAGAAUGUCUUGAGAUCCAACUUAACAUCUAAGAUCCAUGCGUUGAUCCCAGAUGUCAACGAGGCAAACGAGAUCAUCACCAAGGCUUUGGCCAACACAAACUACACACAUGAAGCCCCCGAAAUUGUCAGAGCAGCCAUCAGAGAAUCGUAUGCCUUGGGCUGUAAGGGUGCCUUUGCCGUAAGUGUGGUAACUGUAUCUGUCGGAUACUUUUCUUCGUUGUUCAUGAGAGAACACAAGCUCCAUACCAGUGUGAAUAGAGAUUAA